AUGCAAUCUCAGAAUACUCUCAAACUCAAAUGCAUUGAGUAUUUGACAGAUCAAAAUCUCAAUGAUGAAAUAAAAGCACUCGUAAGAACUUUAGCACUCUAUUUCUAUAUUAGGGCACAUGAUGGCAGCAUUGCACUCAAUUUAAAUUUGUUUAUAGAUAAAAAGUAUUUACUUACUUAGUGCACCACCUGGAUAAGCUUUCCAUUUGCUCCGCUGCCAACCUAAUCACUUUCUUUAUGGCAUUUGCAGCUCAAUUACCCAGCUCAUCUCUAUAUGUACCUAAAAUCUCUUUCCUUGUGUGGGCUGAUCAGAAUAAGCCUUAAGCCUUCAAAUCAUCCAAGAGUCAUGCUAAGGAUAUCAAAAAUGCUUCGAAAAAUUUUCAUCUAGAAAAUGUUCACUACCAAAAAUACACAGCCAUUUGGCAUUAAGCCGAUAAAUGUGCUCAUGUAAACAAAUUUCACAUAAUCGUCGGUUUAUUGUGAUUUAAUUAAAAAGUAUAAGUGAAAAUUGUGCAAGAUUAUUCAAAAUAAUAGAAAAUUAGAAUCAUUUUUGAGAAAUCUUUAUCACACAAGCAUUUGUAAGAAAGUUUUCAAAAACAUAAUAAUUGAGGAAGACGAAAGUGCUUUCGAAGCCAAACUUACAGAACUCUUUAAUUAUGUAAUAGAGAAGUCAUAUUAUGUUCACCUUCCAAGAGGUUUGUAUGGGCUCACAGCAAUUGACCACAGAAUAUAUAUAUCAAGCGAAUACACUCCAGAAAAAGAAGAAGAUGAAGAAGAAGAAGAAGAAGAAGUUGAAGAAGAUGAAGAAGAAGAAGAGAAAGAAGAUGAGCUUUGAUUUGACGCUACUCUGAUAAUACUUUUGCACGAAAUUGCGCACCUUCUUCUAGAUUUUGGAAGCAGCAAAACUCUUAUAUCUAAUUGCAAUGAAUAAAAAAAAUUUAUGCUUUUUUAGCCGCUAUCCACACAAGCAAAAUGGCAAUGUCACCGACCUGUCCUUUCCCGGGCCUGUAGAGGAUUUGAGACCUUGCUGCGGUCUGAAGCCAAACAAAGCAUAGAAAUGGAGUCUUUAGGUACUGGGUAUUUGUGUUCUGGAUUUAUUUUGCCUCUAUCAUCUGGAAAUGAAGUCUUUUUGUUUACUGAUGGACACUUGGGAAAAAGGCUAGAUCCACUGGCGCUGAUGGCAAAGGCAUAGUUAGUACCGAUGUUAGGGAGAUUUUCUCUAGCUGCUACUCUAGUAGCUCAAGCAGCAGCCGUUAAAUCUCAAACUUGCACACUCCAAGGUUUUGAGACAGCAUUAGAGCCAGGCCGAAAACUGUUGGAGAGCUGUCUCUGGUGAAAAUGCUGACAUAUCCAGGGAGCCUCGCAGCUGAGCGAGUAUUCUAUGAGGGUUAUCUUAGCUGAGACGCAAAAGGAGAAAGAGCCCUGAUCUAUAACUAAUUAUAAUUAAUGCUUAUGACUAGCCGCUAUCUUAUUUUAUAUGAAAAUAGGAUAGCAGUUACCAUAUAAAUGCUUCUAUUCUUUAUAAUUAAAUAUACUUUAUAA